GCACCUCGUUCUGCCGGCCGCGGUCCGCGCAGCCCCGUUCCGGCCUCGUCACCCCGUCGCCAGGGCCUUCCCUCCGGCCCCCGGCCUCGAGGGCCUCCCCCUGCCACCCAACAACAACAAAGCCCCCAUCUCGCGCGGCCCCCGGGGAGGGGGGCCAUGUCCCAGCGGGUGAGGCGCAAUGGGUCCCCCACGCCGGCCGGCUCCCUGGGGGGCGGCGCGGUCGCCACGGCCGGGGGAGCCGGGAGCCGCCUGCAGCCCAUGCGGGCGACGGUGCCGUUCCAGCUGAAGCAGCAGCAGCAACAUGGCAGCCCCACGCGGAGCGGCGGCGGCGGCGGCGGCGGCAACAACGGCGGCGCCUCGGGCCCCUCGGGCGGCGGCGGCGGCCCGCGCACCGCCUCGCGCAGCACGAGCCCCACGCGCGGCGGCGGGGCGGCCGCGCGCACCAGCCCCACGGUGGCCACGCAGACGGGCGCGUCCGCGACGGCCACGCGAGGCACCAGCCCCACGCGCGGCGCCGCGCCCGGGGCGCGCGGGAGCCCCCCGCGGCCGCCGCCCCCGCCGCCGCUGCUGGGCCCCGUGUCGUCGCCCAGCUCGUCGCCCACCCACCUGUGGCCCGGCGAGGUGAGCGCGGCGCCGCCCGCGGCCCGCGUCCGGCACCGGAGGAGGUCGCCGGAGCAGAGCCGCGGCUCCCCGGAGCGGAGGAGCCCGAGCGCCCCGGUGUGCAAAGCAGGUGACAAGACACGACCACCUUCCUCAAGCCCCUCUAGUAUCAUCCGCCGCACUUCCUCUCUGGAUACCCUUGCUGCUCCGUACCUCGCAGGGCACUGGCCUCGUGACAGUCAUGGGCAAGCUGCUCCUUGCAUGAGGGACAAGGCCACACAGACAGAGAGUGCAUGGGCUGAAGAAUACUCUGAAAAGAAGAAAGGGUCUCACAAGCGAUCAGCAUCCUGGGGCAGUACAGAUCAACUUAAAGAGAUUGCAAAAUUACGCCAGCAAUUGCAGAGAAGUAAACACAGCAGUCGGCAUCAUCGAGAUAAAGAAAGACAGUCUCCAUUCCAUGGCAACCAUGCAGCUAUUAACCAGUGUCAGGCUCCUGUUCCAAAGAGUGCUCUCAUUCCAGUAAUCCCCAUCACCAAGUCAACAGGCUCCCGGUUCCGGAAUAGUGUGGAAGGACUGAAUCAGGAGAUUGAAAUAAUUAUUAAAGAGACCGGGGAAAAGGAGGAACAACUUAUACCACAAGAUAUUCCCGAUGGCCAUCGUGCACCUCCUCCCCUUGUGCAGAGAAGCAGCAGCACACGCAGCAUCGACACACAGACCCCCGGCGGGGCAGACAGGGGAAGCAACAACAGCAGCCGCUGUCAGUCUGUGUCCCCCACGUCAUUCCUCACCAUCUCCACCGAGGGCAGCGAGGAGAGCCCCUGUUCAGCCGAUGACCUGCUCGUGGACCCCAGGGAUAAAGAGAAUGGAAACAACUCUCCUUUGCCCAAAUAUGCAACCUCACCAAAACCUAACAACAGUUAUAUGUUCAAAAGGGAACCUCCCGAGGGCUGUGAAAGGGUCAAAGUCUUUGAGGAAAGCUCGCCUAAACAACUUCACGAAAUCCCAGCCUUUUACUGUCCUGAUAAAAACAAGGUGAAUUUCAUUCCUAAAAGUGGCUCUGCUUUCUGCCUGGUCAGCAUCCUCAAGCCACUGCUCCCCACGCCAGAUCUUACCCUCAAGGGCUCUGGCCACAGUCUGACAGUCACUACGGGCAUGGCAACCACUCUGUUGCAGCCUAUUGCUGUGGCCUCCCUGUCUGCAAACACAGAGCAAGACCGAAUCUCUCGAGGAACGAGUACAGUCAUGCCGUCGGCCUCGCUGCUCCCACCGCCAGAGCCGAUUGAGGAAGCUGAAGGGUAGGUCCCGGGGCUGCGUGGCCAUUGUUCUGGGCGACAGAGAACCUCGGAUGCUCGGCUCCUGCAUCGUGCACUCCCACUUGGCUGUGAUGUGCUGCAGCUUCCACAGUGACACGUCACAGUAGGGCUUCUGGAGGAAAGCAGCCCCCUGCCGGCCCUGCUCACUCGUGAAGGCCAGCCCUCGGUGCUUCGUCUGCUUUUGCUCAGAGCACUGGUUGGAGCAGGAAAGGUCUCACUCUUUACUUUUGGAGGACCAAUAUCACAUUGUUUUUUGUUUUCAAAUUAAACUUCUUUAAAACAAAAACAAAAAACUGAUCCCUGCAAACAUGAUUCCUGAAGGGAGAUGUGAAUGAUGCUGCAAGAACCAUCUUUUAUAUGAAAGUGACUAUUUUAUAAUAACCAAUGUUACAUUUUCUGAAACGUCGCAAACAGGAUGUUUAAAAGAUUCUUUGGUGGCCUCUGUUUCUUGUUUCCUUUCUAGAUGUGUGCUUUUCUCAGCUGUCUUCAGCUUUGGGACCAAAGGGAUUGUUGACAUUUUCCCCGCAGUCUUAAUCUCAUGACUAUGUUCUUCUCCCAGACAAGAAUUGAUAGGUAAACACAUUGAACAAGUAUAUAUAAAAAGAGAUAAAAAGCAAUAUUAGUACAUUAUGUGAUUUAUGUUUUUUGAUGUCAGAAGUUUGUGCUUUGGGUGAAAUAUUUGUAAAACUGCUGUUUUCUUCACUACUCCUGUACACAUGUCACCAUGUGGUCAGAAAAAUUAUAGUCUAGAGACAAGUGCUUUACUAUGUUCUCACCCAUUGUUGGAACUUGGUUUAAGUCAGUGAGCCCAAAGGAAACUGCCCUGUGUUGAUUGCUAGCCAGGAGUCAGGAGCCUCUCUGGUUUUCCAAGAAAUAUUUAUCACACAGUCUCCCUUCUUUACCACAGGUGUCCUUCUACCUUUAAUCAUCACUGUAUCAUAGUCCUAAGAGAUCCUGAAAUGACUGUGCAUGGAUUUCCUCCUUUGCUUUUGUGGUGUUCUCGUCUUGUGGUUUUGGUCAGGGUUAGUGGUUUGCCAGGAGCGUAAUCCAUUGACUAGUGAUCCGUAGUCACAGAAUCUUGUGACUGACAUUUUCUUUAUGGUGGUUGGCACUGAGAUACGUUGCCUACAGAUUUUGCUAGUUUUCCCUCCAACAUUCCACACAGUGGGGGAAACAGGCAAGAACUUCGGAGCACAUGUAACAGGAACCUUUGAAAAAACCACACAGUUUUGGAUUUAGGCUCAACCUAAUACAAUCACUGCUGAUAUCACAUGACAGCAGUGUUUCAUGUCUGGGUAUGGGGUAGUGAAAGUAAGAAGCAGCUCUUUUUAAAAAUGAGU